AUGGAUAACAAGGGUUGCAGCAAAGAAACUGGAGCAGACGCAGCAGGAGCUGGUGGUGGCAAUAGCAGUGGUGGUGGGACUAACAAAGGUGGCAACAAUGAUCUGAUCAUGAAGGCUCCGGGUGGUGAUGGUGCACAUAUAUCAAGGACUGGCUUUGAGAGCGAUCCAAAGGGCUACUUUUCUGACCUGCAUGCUAAGGAGAAGCUAAAGAGCAACUUCAAAAUGGGUCAAGGUGGGAGUUCUGGAGGAGGAGCCAAAGGCAGUGGAGGCAACGGAGGAGGGAAAGGAAGCUCCGGUGGCGGUGGUUCGUCUAAAGGCAGCGGCAGUGUUGGUGGUGGCGGUGGAUAUAUGAAAGCGCCUGGUGGUGGUGGCUCAUACAUUUCAAGAGCCGGAUUUGAGGCAAAUCCUCGAGGAUAUUUCUCGGGUUUACGUGGUGGCCAGAAGGGCAAAUGA